UCUUCGCCGUCCGAGAUACAUCGAACGUGGGGUGAGAACUCUAUAGCUCAAAAUUUAAGCCCUGCACUUUUUUAGAUCUACCCCGUUGAGUGGCAUUUUUGUGAAAAUUAUGUAAAUAUAUUUAUCAGAAUAAGGGAGAAGUGUAGGGGGCGGCGGGUGAGGUGCAGAAGAAGAAUAAGAAGAAGUUGUACCUAUCCAGUAAUUUUAUCUUGAUUUGUGGAUUAGACGAAGACUAGAUUUUGAUAAAGAAAUCGACAAACUUAAACUGCAGGUAAGGUGUUGGUUUGUCAUGCCGAUUGUCUUGAAACCUGUUCCUUUUAAACCUGGGCUUCACCAUUUACGCUCCAUAUGUGAAUUAGCCUUGAGGCAAAAUAAUCCGUCAGGUGGCUAUUUUCUGUUUGUAAAACUGGCCUCAGAUGGAGUGCUAUCAUUUGAUUAACCAUCACAUGAUCAGGCAGCAACAAAGUUUGUGGUUUUAGAAUCUUGAAAAACUUUCUUGGGAGUGGCACUUGGUAGACAUCUGUUUGAGAUUCUGCUAGAGCAAUAGCGUCGUGCUCAAGCCAGCCAAAUUUUAGACUGCCAAUUCACAAGAAAAAAUGCUUGGUUAAUCAGAUUUCAGGUAUCAAAAUAUUAGGUAAGGCAUCAAUAGGCAUUUAAUUCAAUUCUGGUGGUAAAAAUCAUGACCAUAUAUUGGUAUAUCAUCAAUUUUUAAUUUGUUGUGGCACAUCUUGUAUAUUGAGGCUUGAAGAUGCUCAAGUAAAUAUUUUUGAUGCGUGUGUUGAUGAAGGCUAAAGUCCAAUGAAAAUAAAAAGCAGAAAUUAUUCUGACCUUCCCUUCCCUACUAACCUCCAACCUCCAACCUAUCAGCCUACAAACCACCGUUCAGACUUCAUCUACACGCAGGUUUAACAUUUUAUGAUAAAGUAAAAAAUGCUCAGCUUGUAAUCCAAUGCCUUUCAAAACCAAUAGGCCUUUUUGGCCUUGCGAAUGGCUAACGGAGAGAGAGUUACCUAACUCUAUCAUGUAAAAGCUGCUUUGAGAAAAUAGCACUGUGUUUUAUCCUGGCUUCAUGACUCUCUAACGCUCUUUCAAACACAUGGUUGUUUUCUGACAAUUGGUGAUACAGAGAGGGUCUGCAUUAAUGUCCAAGUAUGGUCAUUUAGGAUCAAUUUUUGGUGCCCUCGUUUUUUAUUAUUCCAGCACUCCAGCAGCCUUACCCCGCGUUCGAUGUCUCUCGGAUGACGAAGAUUCUACGUCGUCCAGCCAAUCCCGUCCAAGGACUCGUGGCGCUGCUCGCCUCCUCGCCAAUGCGAACGCGUUCUCUGAGGACAACCCGCCCAAGGCUAGUAUGGCGAAGCCACGCCACCGCGCCGGCUAUAGACUCACGGCCUGAAGCGAGUUUGGGCGCGACGGCUGGCGAGCCAAGGCGGCGGAAAGUCGUCUGGCGGAGCUCCCGCCUGAGGCGAGCUUGAUCUGGUCGCAUCAAGCCAAGGACGCCAAGGACUGCCGCAUCAAGGUAGCUGGAAACACAGUCGAGGCGCAGGAGACCCUCCACCUCCUGGGCGUCACACUGGACAGACUCCUACACUUCGGGCCGCACUGCCGUCGUCUACGAAGAAAGACAAGACCACGAAUCAACCAACUCAGACAGCUCACCGGAAGGUCGUGGGGGCUCGGCGAGAGACUCCUCCGGACGGUGGCAAACGGAUACAUCCGCAGCGCCAUAGAACACGCGGCGGCGGCGUGGCUGCCUGCGGCUGCGACAACGCAUCUCGGCGUCUUGGAAGUGGAGAUGCUGGCGGCGGCACGCACCAUCACUGGCUGUCCGAUCUCCACCCCGAGGCACGCCGUGAGAGCAGAAGCGGGCGUCGUGCCGAUGGCGGCGAGGAGGGAUGCGCUGGCAGCACGCCUGCUGGCGAAAGCGCACUCUCUCCCGCCGGAGGACCCGCUGCACGCCGUGGCGGAGGCCGCCCCCGUGCCGCGCCUCAAGUCCGUGACCGGAUGGAAAGACCGAGGAAGAGCGGUGUGGGACCGCGCCGGCGUGGAGCUACCCGUCGAGGCUCGCCUAGCCACGAGGCCGCCCCCGUGGACAGCGACGGAAAACGUGACGAUCCGCCUGGACAUCGGCCCGCUCCCGAUCGGAGCGACCGCGUCGAUGAGGCGAAGCGCUGCGGAGGCGUGCCUGGGAGCGCUCCCCCAGUGUGCGACGUGGGCCUGGACCGACGGGUCGGCGACCGGCGGAGUGACGAAUGGCGGUGCCGGGGUCCUAAUCGAACACCCAGACGGAACGACGGAAGCUCUGCGAGAGGCGGCGGGAAAAAUAUGCUCUAGCUACCGGGCUGAGAUGGUGGCGCUGAAGACGGCAGUGCGACAUCUCCUGGAGCACCCACCCCUCGAACAGGAUAUCAUCAUAUGCUCCGACUCACAGGCGUCACUUGCGACGCUGAGAGGAGGACCAGCGGCCCAGACGUCCCCUCUAGGUGCCGCCAUCUGGGAGCACAUGGGGGCACUGGUGGCUGGCGGGGACCGUAGGGUCCACCUCCAAUGGGUGCCGUCCCACUGUGAGCUGGAGGGAAAUGAGCGGGUGGACGCUAUCGCCAAGGAAGCCGCCGCCCUCCCACAGCAGGGAGUCCCGGUUGACGUCCGCACAGUGUACCGUGCGGCGUCCCGGAUGGCCAGAAAGGAGGCGAUCAGCAACUGGCCGGACGGCUGGUAUAGGCGGCUAAUGGACGGCCACCUACCCGCACCGCUGCCCAGCACUACUCCACGAGAGGUGGCGGUUGAUGUGCACCAACUGCGCGCUGGUCACUGGUCGGGAUCUGCGCAGUACCUGCAUCGGAUCGGCAGGAACCCCGGCCGGGACUGCGCGCAGUGCAACUCGCUGACGUGCCGGGCGGCCGGCUGCCGCUGCUGUGGCGAAGAGGAGGCAGACACGCCGGCACACAUCCUGCUACGCUGCCCGGCACUGAUGCGACUACGCCUACGACAUCUAGGCAACAUACACCCGAGCGAGGAGGAGGUCCGAGGCAGCGGCGUGGUGGCGGCCCUGGGGGCCGCCGCCAGGUACCUCCAGAGCCGAGAGGCUACGUAGCGACCGCUGCGUGGGGAAAAACAACAACAACAACAACAGCUUGAUCUGGUCAGACAGCUCCGCCACCGAUGGUGUGCUAGAUGGAGGAGGAGGGGCCACCCCCCCCCCUGAACCGCGACAUCCGGGAGGUGCGUGUCGCGGCAGGCGCCCUCUGCUCUAGCACGCGCGGCGAGCUAUUCGCCCUAAGAGCGGUGUUGGAGGAGCUGUUGACCAAGACUGGUCGCGACACCUCUCUUCCGAUAAUUAUCGUCUGUACCGACUCGAUGGCGGCGCUGGCCCUCCUGCGGAGCGGCACGGCGGCCCAGAGAGCCCCUCUGGCCGCAGACAUAUGGGGGCUGCUGGCAGCGCUCACCGAGGGGGCCAGCCAGUGAUAAUGCAGUGGGUUCCUGCACACUGCGGGCUUCCGGGCAACGAGCGGAUGGACGCCCUCGCGCGCGAGGCUGGCGCCCUAUCCCAACGGUAGCGCCGUCCGCCGAUCGACUUGGGCAGCACUAUCUGCAAGGCAGGCGCGCGCGACGCUGCGCGCGCCUGGCGGCGGAGCUGGCAGGACGGAUG